AGGACACAAACUGGGAACAAAACUUGUAUCCAGCAAAGUAUCAUUUACUUUCAAACUAGUUUCUUCAAAGCCAGAUUCUCUACAAUCUGGAAUAUCUGCUGUUAUAUUCACUGGAGGAACNAAGGUUGUGGAAAAGACCUUGUANAAAGUACGGUUAUCUACCUUCACCUUACUUCCAAAUAUCACAUGGAUAUCGGGUCCUCUGGGAACUUGUACUGUAUAAAUACUGGGAUGGGAAUAACCUAUUUGGUGACAUUCUCCAAGCAUCAGAAUACAUGAAAGAACCAGAAAAAUUCUCCAAUACAUGAAGAGAACUCCCAGGGACUUGAACCGAAAUCAUAGACUACUUUUCAAUUGUCAUUUGUUUGCUUCUUUCAACGAGACAAUUGUUCAGUACGCGUGGAUGUCUACCUGACGAUCAGCUUCCUCUUUGGAGCUCAAACAUUACUCAUUAUUCUUUGCAAGUAGAUUCCCACUACUACAGCGUACCUUUACAGAUUGUGAGAAGAGUCCAAAUAUGAGUCGACACUAGUUUUUAUGCUUGACGAUAAUUUUUUUUAUGUACAAUAGAGAGAUUACCUUUGAUUGGUCAAGGAAGUGGAUAGUAAGAGCGAACAACAAAACGUAUAAACACUGUAAUACACCUGCAAAGUAAUGUUGAGAUUGACACGUCUUGUUAUCUUUUAGACAUAAGAAUUUUGAGAAUUUCUCGGGAUCUGAAGAACAACCUUACUAGAGAGAUUUUAUAACGUCCUUAAUCGAGAAAAGGUGGAGUUGAAGUUGUUAGAAAAUAACACAAUCAUUUGAAGGAAUCCUCCUCCUUCGAUCUGCUAUGUCAGUGAAUGUAAAACACCAGUCGAUGCGAGGCACUACUAUGAGAAAAUAAUCUUUGGUUUUUACUCUUUUUUGUAACAGUU